AUGCCUAAACGUGUCUCCGUAAUAAUUGUCGGUGGCUCCCACGCGGGACCCGCAGUAAGCCACAAACUCCUACGACAGACCCCUAACGCCACAAUUACCCUAAUCAACCCAUCUGAUGAGUACUACUUCAACAUUGCUGCUCCUCGAUUUCUCGUCAAGCCAGGGUGCUUGCCACAAUGUAAAUAUAUCUACUCCAUCCUGAACGCAUUUCGGGAAUAUCCCGCUGGCGCUUUCACAUUCGUCAAGGGAUUGGUGACCAGAAUUGACAAUUCAGUCAAGUCGGUUUCAGUUAUAACGUCUGCCGACUCCUCGAAAAGUACCGUUGGUUCGUUUUGUUUUGAUUACCUUGCCAUCGCGUCUGGAAGUACGACCCCUGCGACGCUAGGACAAGCUAGAGUGAAACUCCCGUUCAAGGCUACGGCGUUCGAAGAUACGAUGAAGACAAUACAUGUGGCGCGGGAAACGCUGAAAGCGGCUCGAAUGAUUGUAAUUGGUGGUACGGGGCCUCUUGGUGUGGAAAUUGCUGGAGAACUUGCUGAAGCUCCGGAGUUGAAGAAGAUUACGUUGUUGUCGCGGACAAAUGUGUUGCUGGAGGGGGCGACUGAGCCUGUUCAGAAAACAACGUUGUCACUCUUACGGCGGCGGAAUAUCAAUAUCUUAACCGAAGUCACAGUUGAGGGUGCUCAGUACAAAACGAACGCCCAGUCUUGGAAAUUCAAGCUGUCCACUGGGGAGACAAUCACGGCAGAUGCAUACAUUGCCACAACAGGCACUAUUCCGAACAAUGGAUUCAUUCCGAACAGCUUUCUGAAUUCCGAGGGCUGGGUAAAUGUCGAUGGAUGCCUCAGAGUUGUAGAAACUGGUGUAAGCCGCAGUGACACUUAUGCUAUCGGUGAUAUUACCUGCCAUCCGUAUCGACUGCUCUCUAUUCUCGUUACCUAUUCAGCAGAAGCACAAAAGAAAAUGAUAGUUGUUCUGACGCUUUUUAGGUGUCUGGUUUGGUUCUUCAAGGGAAAGGACUACUUGACUUAUAAGGCGCCUAAAUUCCUGCGAGGUCAGAUUCGAUGGAUUGAUGAUAGAAUUGUUCAUAUAAUGCUCAUGUAG